GAUUUUUGAACCUGUAACUGGAACAGAGAUAAAGCGUCGCUUUCCAUCUCCUUUUCUUCACUAAGAAGCAAGAAGCCUUGAUAGUGUCAGGUGACUUCCGGUAAUUCUCCUUGAGCGUGUUCACUCAUCCUCUACGCGACUUUCAAAAAUGCAGCAGGCACCCUCGGACUGCGUUGCGACCUUCAAGCUGAUCCUUGUCGGCGACGGUGGCACGGGUAAGACGACCUUCGUGAAGCGCCACUUGACCGGUGAGUUUGAAAAGCGCUACGUCGCCACCGUCGGCGUGGACGUGCACCCGCUGACUUUCUUCACCAACCGUGGCAAGAUCUGCUUCAACUGCUGGGAUACCGCCGGUCAGGAGAAGUUUGGUGGUUUGCGCGAUGGCUACUACGUUGAAGGCCAGUGCGCCAUCAUCAUGUUCGAUGUGACCAGCCGUAACACCUACAAGAACGUCCCCAACUGGUACCGCGAUAUCACGCGCGUAUGCGACAACAUCCCGAUCGUGCUGGUAGGAAACAAGGUAGACUGCGCUGACCGCCAGGUCAAGGCGAAGAUGAUCACCUUCCACCGCAAGAAGGGUCUCCAGUACUACGACAUCUCUGCCAAGUCGAACUACAACUUCGAGAAGCCGUUCGUGUGGCUCGCGAAGAAGCUCGCCAACGAUCCGGACCUGACGCUGGUGGAGAUGCCGGUGACGGAGGCGCCAGAGAUUGCCAUGACGGCCGAGCAGAUGGCCCAGCUGGAGGCUGGUCAGGCCCUCAUUGAGAGCGCGCCACUGCCGAUGGGCGAUGACGACUAA